UAGACUUUUUCAUAUUGAAAUUAAAUUUGCUAUAGGGUUGUUUGUAUUUUAAUUUUACAGUUGUAAGAUUUUUUAUAUGUUGUUUACUGUUUACAAACAUUUGAAAAAUAUUUCCUUAACCAUAUCUCCAUUUCCAUGGCAAUAGUCUUGUUAGCUUUUCGGGUAACACUUCUACAUGGAUGAUAAGAUGGUGCGACAUCUAAAACAUAUCACACCACCUUUACAUAACUAUAAAACUAAGAGGUGUUUUCUUUACAUAAUAUUAAAGCACAAUGUUUCCUUGUGGCGUAGGUGAUUUAGAAUUUCCAUUUAUCUAGAAAACUGGGCUUUCAGAAUGUUUUUUAACACACAGUGUUUGGGAAGGUUUUUGAAGAAAAAAAUUGACUACGCGUUUUAUUUUUUUGCAGCUGAAUUCGAGCACUUGCAUGAAAUAUAAUUAAUCCGUAGGAAGCGCAAUGGUUUAAAGUAUUGAUGUUGAAGAUUUGAAAAGAUUUAUUGAAAUAGUGUGAGAGAAUGAGCGAGUUGAGUGAGAAGAGUGCGGGAGUGGCCACAUGACGUCUGCGCAGUUGCGGACAAAAAAUAUCCAUUCCGCCUCCCCAUGGCGAAGGAUGAGUGAAAGAGAAAACCUGCUAAAGCUUCCCCUCCUCCGGGCACGAUAGAACCGUAUCGGCUGUGUGUUAGAGGGAGAGGGAGAUAAAACCUUCGAGGUUCUGUUAAUUCCUCCUAGAUGGCAGGCCGCAGAGCAACCGCCAGCAACACCCUUCCCGUAUGAAGGCCAUCUCGCCACUGACGAGCUGGAACUAAGCUCCUGACCUCCCUACAUAGUAACGGUCACCCACAUAGGCAUCUAGACUCUUUAGUGGUCAUAUGAUACAAAAUUCAUUGUUUUCGGGCCUGUGACCGUUUUUUACCGUGCACCAAUCGCCUUAAGGGACCUGAGAAUUGCAACCUCAACUAUCACUGAAAAUUUACUAUGUUACAUGAUAACAUACAAUUGAAUUUUUUUAGGUUUCAAAUGAAAGUGAUGUAUUAAACAAGUACACGUUAGGCUGUACAUGGAAGAGCAUACAUAUUACUGUAUUUUUAUUUUGUUUUGGAAUUGAAGACUUUUGCUGUGUGCGGUGAGCACUGCCUCAGUUAGCCCAUCUCCAUCUAUCCCUCAACCCUCUUCCCUCUCUCCUCCUCUCUCCUCUCUCCUCUCUCCUCUCUCCUCUCUCCUCUCUCCUCUCUCCACUCUCCACUCUCCACUCUCCUCUCCCCUCUCCCCUCUCCCCUCUCCCCUUUCCGAUAAUAACUUGCCCCUCAUCAUUCGUCCUUCACCCCUCACCCCUUGUCACUUGUCACUCGCCCCCCUCGCCCCCCUCGCCCCCUCCAACAGGGCUUGUGAUGGAACCCUGUGACCAGGAAGGGUACUCAAGUUUCCUAACAUCUGAAGAAUACAAAGUGAAUUUAUAUUUUAUCCCUCCACCAUGCCAUAAAAUAAUUCAUAAAGAUUUUAAAUAUUUUAUGAACAGUAAUGGAAAUGAUAAUUAUGAAUUGAGUUAUAUGUUUGUGUAUUUGAUGUCUUCCUCUCCAUGACCUCGCGUCUGUACGCCCCACCAGCACUUGCGUAUAGGUACUGCAGAACACUACCACAACUUACCCUAACAUGAAUCAAAGGCUUUCAAAAGGGGUUCCACAGCCUAGGAACAACCCAUCUCAGGAACUGUUGAAAAGAGGUAGUGCUAAAGGUAAACAAGGUAGUGUUAUAGAUUUGUUUAAAGUGUUACUUGUCUUGCAGUGUUAUGUCUUAGAAAGAGAGGGUAGUGUCCCCCUAAUUGUACCCUCGCUGACCGCUGCAAUAGAGGUGCUCACGCAAGACUGAAGAGUGUGACCACAUUCACCCAGUCUUAUAGAAUAUUUCUGUAGUUUAUACUUCUUACUUCUGCCAACAUAAGUGCAACACUUAGUUGUUACUUGGCUACAAUUCAUUGAGCAAGCGUGAGAAUCUGUUAUUUCAUCAAGAACAUUAAUAACCAAAUGUUUUUAGAAAGCCUAAUGAGUGUUUUACUGCUGGGAUAUUUGUCAGGCAGUCAUUAAGGUAUCUCAAAGUAGUUAAGUUGAUGGCAAUACAACCAUUAGGAGUCGUUUCUGGUUUGAGAAGCAGACCACAAUGAUGGUGCUGAUAGCUCAGAAACAAAGUUCAGCUUUGUGACCUUCCGGACUUAAGUAAAUAAGAUACCAGAUGCCUUGCCUCGGACUGGGAAGUGACAAAGUACUUCGUUGCUGAGUGGAGUGGGUAGCAGAGAGAGCAGGCUUCACCCUUGUGUUCAAGUCUCAGUCUGGAAUGGCUGGCUCCCGUGCUGUCAUGCUGGCCUGGUUGCUCCUGGUGAUCGCUGCGGCACACUGCAGCGGAGAGGUUGUAAUGUCUCGGAGCAGCACGAACCAAACAGCGCUGCUUUGCGAGCCUCAACAGCAUCAACAGCAGAUCAACGAAAAGGUACAGCAGUUUGUGAACGACUCCAGAUGGUACCAACUGCGGCAAGACCUGGUGGAUUUACUGGGCAACAGCAGCGAGGCAUCCGCACAAAUGUGGAAAAUGAAUAGGUUUACCGCACCCUUGUUCUGGCUCGGUGUCGGCAACUACACGGCACUGGCGCGGCUGCUGCUGUGCGCGGGGCUGCCCAUCAACGCGGUCGACGAGGUGACGAACACCAGCAUGCUGCACGGCGCGGCAUUCGGCAACAACCUGCGGCUAGUGCAGCUGCUGGUGGGCUGGGGGGCCGACCUGGAGGCACGGGAGAAGUGGCUCGACACGCCCCUGCUCAAGGCCGUGGGAGGCAACGGCAACGGCAGCCUGGAGAUGAUACGGUGGCUGGUGGAGGCGGGGGCAGACACCACGGCGCAAAGUAGGGACGGCUACACCGCCUAUAGCAUGGCCGUGCGCAAUGGCCACACGGCUCUGGCCGAUUACCUCAGCCCUCUGCCUCACUAGCCUCUCUCUCAGUGCCACUCCAUCAGCCUCGCUGUGUCCAUCCAGCCUCAGCGUGCUCCACACUUGAGGCUACCGUUUAAAAACAUGCACUUUUGUCAUACAAGUUAUGUUGCCAAUGAUCAUAUUCAUAAUAAGCCAAAUGAAUUAUGACAAUAAUUUUUAUUUCUCUAAAAAUCUCCGUUAGCACAUUAUCGACACAAGUUCACAACGGUCAUUGACAUUUUUAGACAAUACAAAUCACUAGGUGAACUCAAUGGUUAAUUUCAAGAACCUGCUAAAUUGCAAUGGUCAGAAAUGAAUUAUGUAGGUACUUGUGAUUACAACUAAAACCUGAAAAUACAUAGGCUAUGGUUAUGUUUAUUUGUUGUUGAUUGUACAUGAUUCCUUAGGUUGCUUUAGUUUAUGCUAGUAACUUGUCCUCUCUGUGUGUGCAUGCUGCAUCUUCUGCUCAAACUUUUAAAUCUGUACAAAACACAACACUGCACACUGCACUGCAUAUCUUCCAUCACGAGCUGAGCAAUUGUAACAAGAUGGAGAUCAAACAAUUCCAAGUUUUGAGUUUUAGCUGAAUAACAUAACAAUGUCUAAUAGAAAAUAAAAUGCACAUCUCUAUUAUUUAUUUUGAAUAUUACAUAAAUGUGAUAUUGUUAUUUUACUCUUUUUACAUCAGAUCUCUGUAAUUUACCAUUGUUGAAAUAGCUUACCUUUAAUGAGUAAUUAUUAAAUUUUAUUAAUUAACAAAUUGAAGAGCUCUUAAUUCUUGUCAGUCAAAGAUACUUGGGCAUUCUACCUUCUUAAUUUACUUUAUUAGGUAUCACUUAUAAUUUAUAAAUAACCAGUGAUGUUGGAGGUGUUUCCUAUGAUAUAGCUAAAAAUUUUGUAUUGAGUCAAUUCAUUUUAAAAUAAACAGGGGUUUUACUCA